UGAGCUCGAUUCCAGUGUGGGGAGAAUCUUUAUCGACAGUUUCGGUUAUUCUGUUACGACAUUAUUUCCCUCCCAGCACACCCUUUGAUCCUGAUAGGCAGGGUCGAAGAAAGCCGCUUCCUAGAUUAUCUGAACUGUGUCAAUGGGGAUGUAAAACACCUGCAUUAAGAAAGAAAGGGUUUCACAGCCAGGCCUCUUAUAAGUUAUGCAGUUGGCUGUAAAUUACCUAAAUUGGGUCACUAUGGACGUAAUUAGUAAAUAGGUUUAUUCAGUGUUUAAGGUCUUUGGCCCACACCCCAUCAUGUAGUAAACCUUAAUAUUUCGUUAAAUAAAGUUUCCCUGAUGGAAAAAUACAAGUUGUGCACACUUCUCUUAUCCUGGGUCAAACAUUGCAUAUUUCUGUCACUGGGUCGAGUCAGGCUGGGAGGAAUUGACAAUUUCUUUUGACCUGUCAGAUUGGGACAAUAAGAAACAAAAUGAAAUUCGUCUUCAAUUUCAGGAGAGUUACACCUCUCACAUAAGGGUGAAUUUAAUUCAUCAUUUCCACCAAUAACAAUUGUUAUUUAAUGGAAGGCUAUGACUUUUUUUAACAAGGUUAUGGCUCUUCUACUCCAAUACUUUUGGAGGUUGAUGAUAAUAUUAUACUCAGCUGUUUCUGGAAACAGAAUAGUAAGAGAGAAUAAAUUAUAAUUGCGGCAGACUUCUUCCUCUAUGUUCUGCACAGAAUGCAUAAGGGCCAGUUUUUUUUGUGGGUUUUUAAAAUAAUCUUUCCCCAUCACCAGGCCAACGCUUGUCAUGCCUAUCAGAUCUUCCGCCGUAACGGUAUCCCGAAGGAGCAGAUUGUGCUGAUGAUGUAUGAUGACGUAGCUUACAAUCACCAGAACCCGUACAAAGGCACUCUGAUCAACAGGCCCGGGGGCCCUGAUGUGUACAAAGGCUGUGAGAUCGACUAUCGCCACUGGGAAGUAGGGCCCCGGAACUUCCUGCACGUCCUCAAAGGGGAGAAGGAGGAGCUGCAGCGGUCAACGGGAAGGGCAAAUGCCAAGGUCAUCGACAGCGGGCCCGAGGAUCACAUCUUCGUCACCUACACUGGACUGCCUACAGCACCGGUUAAUUGCCUACAAGACCAGAAGAUUGUCCAUAUCCACUGUAUCGAGAAACAAGAAGUUUUAUCAAGCAAACACUGCCAGCUGUUCCUUUGGCUUUUGACCAUCCUGUGGACUGGCUACAGUACAGCACCGGUGGAUUGCCGACAGGAUCAGAGGAUUGUCCUUAUCGACUGUGUCGAGAAACAAGAAGCGUUGCAUGAACAUCCUCAAAAGAUCACUGCCACUCAUCAGAUUUUGGGUCAAGAAGACACUGGGGCUAUAA